GUCGUCGUCAGAGGAAAACAAACUCUCCAACGAGCUGUCGACGAGCAACGAAAAGCUUCAGCCGACGGCUCCUCAGUGGGUGAUGCCAGAGAAGAUGAAGAAGCAGCUCCACGCCGUUCCAGCCAGCAGCACCGUGAGGUUCCGGUGUCAGGCGUCUGGAAACCCUGUCCCGUCUCUGCGCUGGUAUAAGAACGGGAAAGAGUUCAAGAAAGACCAGAGAAUCGGAGGCUUUAAGAUCAGAGGACACAUGUGGACUCUUAUCAUGGAGUCUGUGGUUCCGUCAGACAAAGGCAACUACACGUGUGUGGUGGAGAACCAGUACGGGAGCCUGAAACACACCUACCUGCUGGACGUGGUCGAACGUUCUCCUCACAGACCGUUCCUGCAGGUCGGUCUGCCGGCUAACCAAACCGCCGCCGUCGGUGCCGACGUGCGGUUCGUGUGUCGCGUGUUCAGCGACCCGCAGCCUCACAUCCAGUGGCUCAAACACAUCACGGUCAACGGCAGCAGAGAGGGACCGGACGGACUGCCGUACGUCCUCGUCCUCAAGUCUGCAGGUUUGAACACGACAGAUAAAGACAUGGAGGUCCUGACUCUGAGGAACGUCUCCGCGGGCGACGCUGGCGAGUACACGUGUCUGGCGGGAAACUCCAUCGGAGUCUCGUACCACUCGGCCUGGCUCACCGUCGUGGAAGACCUGCAUCCUUCACCCCUGCCUUCGCAGACGUACUUGGAGAUCUUCCUCUACUGCCUCGGGUUCUUCAUCGUCGUCGUCCUCACAGCCGCGGCGGUCGCCUGCAGACUCUGCUGCGUCCCGAAGAAGAGCGACUUCAGCGGUCAACUGUCCGUGCAGAAACUGGCCAAAAGUGUUCCUCUGAGGAGACAGGUGUCGGUGGACUCGUCGUCCUCUCUGCAGUCAGGGAUGUGUUUGAUGCGUCACUCUCGUCUCUCCAGUGCGGCGACCGCCGUCCUGGCAGGAGUGUCGGAGUACGAGCUUCCCUACGAUCCCGUCUGGGAGCUGCCGCGAGAUCGGCUAACGCUGGGGAAACCUCUGGGUGAAGGCUGCUUUGGUCAGGUGAUGCUGGCCGAGGCUGUGGGAGUCGACAAGAACAAACCCACACGUCUCACCAAGGUGGCUGUGAAGAUGCUCAAAGCCGACGCCACAGAGAAGGACCUGUCUGACCUGAUCAGUGAGAUGGAGAUGAUGAAGAUGAUCGGUAAACACAAGAACAUCAUCAACCUGCUGGGAGCCUGCACUCAGGACGGUCCUCUGUACGUGGUGGUGGAGUACGCCUCGCAGGGGAACCUCCGGGAGUACCUCCGCGCUCGGCGGCCGCUCGGACUGGAAUACUGGAGUGGAUCCAGGCAGACGACGCUGGGCAGCUUAGAGGUCAGAGAGCUGGUGUCCUGUGCCUACCAGGUAGCCAGAGGAAUGGCGUACCUGGCUUCAAAGAAGUGUAUCCACAGAGACCUGGCGGCCAGGAAUGUCCUCGUCACGGAGGACAACGUGAUGAAGAUUGCAGACUUCGGUUUGGCCCGGGACAUCCACCACAUAGACUAUUACAAGAAGACGACUAAUGGUCGCCUGCCGGUGAAGUGGAUGGCACCUGAGGCUUUGUUUGACCGGAUCUACACUCACCAGAGCGACGUGUGGUCGUUCGGCGUGCUGCUGUGGGAGAUCUUCACCCUCGGUGGAUCUCCUUACCCUGGAGUUCCUGUGGAGGAGCUGUUCAAGCUGCUGAAGGAAGGUCAUCGCAUGGAGAAACCAGCCACCUGCACACAGGAACUGUGA